CUCCAUCUCGCAGCGUCCUUUUAUCCGCACCUGCAUAAACACCAUCACACAGACACACUCACACCGCACUUUCCCCCGGUUUUUUGGAUUAUUGAGAGCAACAAGCCUGGCAAGCGAAUGUCCUUUCGAAUUCACGACGAUUCACAGCGCCCGAACUCCUACCUAUUGACAUCGACAGUGACAGUGACGAGAAGACUCAAGAGAAUGACAUGAACGCUGUUGGCUGGAGCUACGACGACGCACUCCGAUCCGCUCACACAACCACCCCACCACCGGCAACUAUGCCCUCCAUGUACACCUCCCCACGAAACACAACCGGUCCUCUUGCCGUCGACACUGCAUCCAUGUCACCCUCUGACCACAGCUCGACUGCCUCUCCAUGGCAACGCAUGAAUCCGCACGCUGCCCCGCAAACCAACUCCAAAACAUCCCAAUAUAUCGACAAGAUCACCCAAGAGAACGAGCGUCUGCGACGAGAACUAAAGGCCGAGCGCGCCGCCCGGGAGAACGAGGCAAAGCAAGUGUCAGCUGCGAGGACGAGAGCCGAAGACUCCCGUGGAGAGCUUCAGCACCUGCAAGUGCUCGUUGACGCCAACAAACGGGCCAUAGAGCGAAAAGAUCGCAAGCUCGAUGAAAUGAAGGCCUCGCUAGAACUAGAAUCCAAACGGCGGAAAGAGGCCGAGGCCCGGGCCGAGGAAGCCCUAAGCAUGCUUGGAGAUAUCCGAUCAGAGACGCAGCGAGAGCUUGCGGCAGCAUACGAGAUGAGGCAUCUUGCCGAGACGAACGCCGAAGCUGCCAGGGACGGUUUCAAGCGCAUCACUGAUGGCUAUGAGCGGAAAGUACGCGCUAUCAACGAGGAACUAAACGAGUUACGGAAGGAACGGAUGGAGGACGCAGAUCAGAUCAAGCGGCAGAUGAUCAUCAGCGACCAAAUCCAGCAUGAGACGGCCAGAAAGCUUCGAACAGAGGAUAAGAUGACCGACAUGAUGGCCCAGUACAAAGCAGAGCAUCGAGCCGAGGUAGACAACCUAGUUCAAGAGGCCGAACAAAUGCGCUUGGCUCUCCCAUCCAAAGAAGCAGAAGCAGCCGAAGUGAUCAAGGAGAUGAAAGAGAUCCGGGAUAAAAUGAAGUGGGUCAUGGCUCUCAAGGCCCAGCAGAGCAACAGCAAAUAGGGCUUUUUUGUCAUGACGCAUAUUAACGAGUUAAUGAAUUCUGGAUAGAUCGGAUCUGUACAAUAUCGGCCCGAGGCGGCACUUCGGGGCGCUUUGUAGGGUUCAGAUGUGCAUCAUAGGGUAGGGCGUUGCAUAGGCAUGGUCGGAUAAUGGGAUAGGUAU